AGCAGGCCUGCGAGCAGAUUGCCGCAUGUACCUAGUGAGUUGUUGACGGUUCUCGCCUCGCCUCAAACAGUCGACACACGAUCUUUGGCGGGAGUACACUGCGCGUUUCUUUCCAACUUUUCUCGGGUCUUUUAUUCAGUGUUGCGAACUAUUUACUCGUCAGCUUAUUCAUUAUUAAUUUAUCAGGAAGUGAUAAAACAAGUGUCGUAAAGUGUCACCAUACAUCAAGAAGUGUAUAAGUUUUUUAACAACUCGGAAGUAUCGCGGUAUUGCGGCACUAAACAUUUGCUGGCAGAACACGUUGAAACAAAAGAAAGAUGAAACGGUUAUCGAGAUGCUGUUGCUGCUGCAACGUGCGGGACGGGUCCAUCACGGUGGGCGUACUGGGCAUCCUGCUCUCCAUCGCAACUAUCAUCUUCAUCUGGCUGGCUCCGAGCCACCUUGUCUCCUUCAAAUCCUACUUCUUUGAGGAACAGGAUAAACAGUACAGUAUUUCAAAAAUCAUUAUGACCAUCAGUUUAUGCUUCACGAUACUUAUAUGCAGUGCCCUCAUCAUAGCAAUCAAAAAGCGGCGUUCAUGGCUGAUGCUCCCGUUCGUGGUACUGGGUCUGGUGCUGGCCAUUGGGCUGCUCAUCAGCAUUCUACAUACAUCCAUAGUGCUUUACACGGAUGAUAAAGAGGAUUACACCAUCUUAGCCACCUGCAUACUAGUGGGCGGCUUAAUCUAUCUAAUUCUUUAUUUGUACCUGUGGGUGGUGGUAUUCAGCCAUUACCUGGACACACGUGACGAGGAAGAGCGAGGACGGUACAGCAAGAGCCCUUACAGACGAUAGAAACGAACAACGAUCCCUUGAUGUUACAAGACUAAAAUAAUUUAAGGCGCCUAACACCUCCAGUGACCUAGUCACAUUGAACGGGCCGCUGAGCAGUUAUAGAGUUCUGUUAAUGUGCUCAUACUAUAUAAUACAUACAGCCGAGAGAAAAUAGUUAUGCUGCAAUCAGAGACCGGAGGGCCUAACGCUAACCCCGAAGUUCGAAAAUUGCGUGCAUCUUUCUCCGUCACUCUAAUUAAGCCUUAACUGGAGGAAAAGAGAAAUUUAAUAGUUACAGUUAUAGCCCAGACUUCAGACGGGCACAUCUGCGAAACGCUGUGAAGCCUGUGAAAUGUAUAAAGUAUAUUUCUAUCAAGAUUAAUUAGCUAGUUGCGGCGCUGCCGCGUACCUUUUUUUUACUUUUUAAUCUGCCAGAAUCUAGUCCCGUUCGCAUCUUUAUGGAGGCUGCAUUUGAACGUGUUUUAAAAAACAAUGUACCUACAUUCAAAAAGGUUGGAAGUCUCAUACGUUUGGUCAACCAACCAACCAACUAACCACCAACUUUUUCAGAUAUUCUGCUUCAUAAGCCAAGAUUAAUCUGAUUGAUACAGCUUCAUUUAAGAUAUAUUGAGUAUACUAAAUAUAUGUUUGAAUGUGUCAUAUUAGGUAUGUGCUUAUAUAACUUAUAUUACCGUAAAAUCAGGUAACUAUAGUUAAGGACUAUUCCUUAAGUACAUUUAUGGUCCAGUUUUUAACGUUAAUUCUUAACGAGCCUUCAUGAUUUGAACUCGUUACAUUUAUUUUGGAACUUAGAUACACUAAUCCUCUUUCUAUAUUAUAUAAUCAACAUAAUUAAUAUCUCAACAAUAUUAAAAUACAUUAUACGUAUUUUUCUGGAACUUAAAUUUGGACCAUAGUUGUAAGUUGUGUAAACUAAAGUUACCUGAUUUUAAGAUUUACAUUUUUAAUAAUUAUAACUAUCAAAUAAGAUUAAGAUUACCGAAAAACUUUUAUUUCCUCCACUCGAAUGGCUCUUUUAGGAUACAACUUCGGAAGCGCUAAAAUACUAAGAAAUAAUAUUAGUGCAAAAAAACACGAAAUAUAAAGAUAUAUAAUUUUUUUCGUGUCACUAGUAACGUUUAACACAUUAUACGUGUAAGAUUUUUAGACUAGAAUAAGACUGUUAGUUCUAUUCAUGCCUAAAAAAACUAAAUAAAUGUAACUUGACUUUAAAAUUUAUCGCACCAGAACUGUAAGCUUUAUUUGUACAGGUAAAGAUGUGUCUGUAAAAGUAUAUUAAGUAAUCAUUGUAAUCAAUAAAAUUAAAAGGUGUCUAAAGGUCCAAUUGGAGUCGAGCAUGUAACUAAGAUACGUGGGUGUGGCUCUAUAAACAUUUGCCGAUAGAUAGCUAAUAAUGUCACUGUUUGACAGUUCGACCUAUCUCAAAAGUAGCUUAUAUGAAGAAUUGAUGAUAUAAUAGCGUCGUCAACUCCUGUCACUUUCUCGAGUCAAAUUGGGCCCCGGGAAGUUUUAGAUCAGACUUUCCUGCAGAAAUGAUUAAAGCAAAAUGUGAUUGUUUAACAUUUAAAUAUACAUAAGUAUAUAUACAUAAGUGUAUAAUCUUGCUUAUUUACUAUCGCAUAAUCGAAAAAAAAAAUACUGACAACAUUUCAUCUUGAGCAAGUUAUACUUAAAUGUUUUUUUGUGUUAUCUGCCGCAUCAGCACCUAGGUAUACCAGCCGUAGAAGCCAAUAAAAACCAGUUAUACUUUGGAAUAUAUUGCGAAAGAAUACGGUUAAGAGUUGGAUGAGUUUACCGAUCGAUGGCUGCAAACGCGUGGGCAUAGAGAAAUAAACUUACUUAUUUCUCUCUAUGGCAUUGGGUUUAUACAGUCAUCAACAGUGAUCGUUAAUUUUCCAGCAAUUUUGGUGCAGCAUUGUUGGUUAAAAGCAUCUGUAUGCCCUACUCUAUGUGGAAUAGAUAAUUAGGGUUAAUAACGGUAGUAAUAUUAACCUUAACCAAUACUCUCCCUAGAAAAAAAUUGAAGAAAAUCCUUUAUUUUUACUAUGCUGCACCAACAUUGCUGGAAAAUUAACGAUCACUGGUCAUCAAAAAGUGCCUUAUUGUAGCAUAAGAGCAAAGUUGAAUAUUUAACAGAUUAGUCAACUACGUAAGUAUUUGUAUGAGAUGUACCUACCAAGUUUAUUGGGUAUGUCAGGCAUAUAGGUAUGUGUAAAAUAUAAAUAAACAUGUGGUUUAUAAAAAAAGUAUAUAAAAAAAUAUGAACUUAUUGCCAACAGGCACAUGUACUGGACAUGUACGUAUGACAUGUACGUCAGUCCUCGCAGUAUGAAUAUCGACAUCCUUAAAUUUCUUUAAAAAAUAUUACAUCUUUUGUCGAGUAUAAUUAAUUGAUUAUAGUUGUUGCAAAAACAGUUUACCUUUUAAAAACGCAAAGAAAAUACUCAUCAUAGAUCUGUUAUUUGAUGUAACUAAGAUACAUAUUUUAUAAGGAAUUGAAUGCUACAUUAAAUAGAAGUUCAAUACAAUCACACAUAUUUUGCAUUUCUUUUGGCUUCUUAGUAGUCAAUUUUUUUAAUGGAUGAUCGAAUAUACCUACUGAAGCGACGAAUUACCUACCUACCUACUGUUUUGCGAAUAAGUGAAAAUAAUGUUAUAUGACUGACAGUCUAUACUCUAGUAUUUGUAAAAUGAUAUUAAACUGACGUGUUUUUUUUAAAUAUUAUUUAAAGAGUUAAGAGAGUCUACUAUCAUGAUCAUAAUGUGCAACACAUACGUAUGUUGAACGCACAAAUUAGUCGUCGUUUUAUACUUGUAUAGUAUGUAGGUAUAAAUAAACUGGAAAUAUUUAAAAAAAGUUCUAUGAACUUUGAUGAAAGCUAAUCAUACUUAUGAUCUGGGUAUAACAUCGUUAUUUUUUACAGAAUAUUAUAAAUAAGUAGGAUCUACAUAAUACCUGAUUUAUAUAUAUUUCUAAAGAUACAUAAUAACUUAUUUCGUUGUUUAUUAAGUGUUUAACAUAAUAAAGUACAAUUUUAAUAAACGUUGUAAUAAAUGCUUAA